UGUAGAGUUGUAGGGUGUAGCAAGGCGCAUUGUCGCGAGAUGUACACCAGCGUGAUCCCGUACUUCCUAGCGGCCUACAUAAUCGUCAACGAUACGUCGGAAUGGACGUUCGGGCCGGAAUACUCGUAUGAUUUCAACAUGACUUAUAUAAUAAGACCAGAUCGCCACGACCCUCAUGUCCAUCAGAUACAAUUAAUAUCUACAGUAAAAUGUCGUCCUAAACUAGCAAUAGACACUUUAUUCUGUCAUUUGUAUAAUAUUACGGAAUCGGAAGUAUUCGAGAAUGAACACAUGACGCGGGAAGCAAAAACGGAAGAAAUAUUUGAGAUUAAAUUUAACGAACACGGCGUGGAAGGCCUGUUGAUCGAGCCACCAUCUCGUAUGGAAAUCGUGAACGUUCUUCGAAAGAUUGCCACUCAGUUUAACGUGAUUAUCGAUCGGCAAAAAAUUGGCAUGCCGCAAUAUAUGGCCAGAGAGAACUCGACAAUGGGCGAUUGCGCGGCCACGUACAAGAUCAUGCGUGAAGAAUCUGAUAUUGACACGUUCAAGAAAACAGGUACCAAUUUUGAGCUCAAGAUAUUACCAUUGGACGAUGCGAAACCUGGGACAACUCUCUUGAUCGAGAAAUCUCGAAUGGGAUGUAUUAAUCCACCGCGAUAUGUCGAUUUUUCAAGAGGACUAUUAGAAAUGAGGAAAUUUAUCAGCAAAAUACAGGUUAAUUCAAACAAAUUCGAAACUUCCACUGAAUUCGAUGGAAUAGUAAGAUUUCCGACUGAAAGCGAAAUUGAAGCGUUAUCGUUUACAGAAAUAAUGCAGAUUAAUCUAAAUAGUAUUGAACCUGCGCAAAAUGAACUUCCGUCUCUGUCCUACGCCGAACUGAUCGAUUUAAAUUUUAACAAUGAUAUACCAAGCAAUUAUAUAAAUUAAAGCGACAAUAUAUAUUUAGAUAUUAUCUCUGAAAUAUAUAUCUAUAUGUUACACAUUGAAGGCAAGCUAUACAAUUUUCUGGUAUUAAAUAUCUAAUCAAAUUAAAUCUAUCAAACUGUAAACAGAAUCAAAUA